CACAGAAAUUGGCACCUCCAGAAAUCCUCUCCCCUUUCCGUCUCUGUUGAUCCGAACCAAACGAGCCCGAAGCAAGCGGAGCGGCGAGCGUCGGCGGCGGAGGAAGGAAGGAAGAGAUGUCGUCGGCGGCGGCGGCGGGGGCGGGGGCGGGGGAGGAGACGGUGCGGGCGUCGCACAUCCUGAUCAAGCACGAGGGCUCCCGCCGCAAGUCCUCCUGGAAGGACCCCGAGGGCCGGGUCAUCUCCGCCACCACGCGUGCCGACGCCGCGGCCCGCCUCGGGGGUCUCCGCGACCAGAUCCUCGCUGGCGGCGCCUCCUUCGCCGACAUCGCCGCGCAGCACUCCGACUGCUCCUCCGCCCGCCGCGGGGGCGACCUAGGUACCUUUGGCAGGAGGCAGAUGCAGAAGCCCUUUGAAGACGCCACAUAUGCUCUCAAGGUAGGCGAGAUCAGUGACAUCAUUGACACCGAAAGCGGGGUCCACAUCAUCCUGCGUACGGCUUAAAUGAGAAGUGUAUGCCAUCACAACGAUGACUUUUUUCUUCUUCCAGGGCUUGUGCCUCGUCUCUCUGGCAGCCUGAAACUUGAACGAAGAAAUGUCUUGUAUCGUCCCACUUUUGCUACACCCAUUUGAGCUUGUUGCAUACAUACAUCAAUGGUCAAUGUUUGAGCUUUUCAUGUCUGGUUGGUCAGGAAAUUCUCCUUUUUUGUUUCCCUCAUUGCAUUUAUGAUAUAACAUUUCCAAACAA